AUGAACAAUCAGUUUCAAAGCAAUGAGUUUCCUCCAUCAUCCUCGUCUUCUCCACCUCUAGCAUCACCUACUCAAUCACCAUGCUUACCAACUGCAAGUUACAGGAGAUGGAGUGAAGAAGAACACAAGUUGUUCUUGAUAGGACUCGAGAAAUACAAAAAGGGACGAUGGACGAAUAUUUCAAGGUAUGUGGUGAAAACCAGGACUCCAGCACAAGUUGCAAGCCAUGCUCAAAAUUACUACAAACAUUUGGCCGCACUCAAUAAAGACAAAAGAAAAAGUAUUGACGACGUGAAAACAUUGGACAACGAGGAUGUCUCUCCUCCUCAUGAUCAAGUUCAUUUGCAAAAUGACAAUGUCUAUGUUCCAGUUGAUUUGCAAAACGAUGAAGUUCAUCUGCAAAAUGACGACGUUUAUGUUCGAGAUUCCCAAGUUGAUGUGCAAAAUGAUGAAGUUCAUCCACAAAAUGACGAUGUCUAUGUUCCAGAUUACCAAGUUGACCAACCUAUUUUUGCUGAUCUGGACUUCUUAAACGUAAUGAUAGAUACGGUCUAA